AUGUUCAUGAGCAAAUUUGAAAAUACAACGGAAUUUCUGAGAGCUGCAUUAACAGUAGCUAAAACUAAAAGAGGUUUAGAAUUAAUGAAACUAGCCAUGUUUUCGCCUGAUAUUCAAGAAGCUUUCGAUGCAAGAUAUUCUGUUGAAAGAUUUAACCCAGAAUUUGACUUGUACCAACAAGUUAGCGAUUUUGAUUACUUAGAAGUAAAAUUAAAACAAAUUUGGAACCAGUGGACGCCAAAUAACAUAUUAGAAAUUGCCAAUCUUUGCUGUCUACCACAAAUCAAACAAAAAAAAAUAUUAUUAAACGUUACAAAUUUAAGAGAUGUCACUGAAAAGGAUUUAGAAGACGCGUUAAACAAAAUAAGAACAAUUGAUACCAAAGUAAAUACAAGCAACGGAAAAGAUCCAAAGAGAGUAGAGACAACUAGCAAAUACGAAAGAACCUUACCUUAUGUUAAUUUUAAUCAAGUUACCACGGUUUCCCGAGAAAACUGGACCAACUUUACCCCAAUCACAAAGAGAGCUAAACAAAGUUUCGGAUGGCCACAUCAUACAAACCCUUACUUAUACAAAGAAGACUAUACUAUAAGCGGUAGAUUUUGGACGCCAGAAGCGUUCAAAUGGAUCAAAGAUGAAAGCAGAUGUUAUACAUGUGGACAGUUGCACCAUGUAAAUAAAACCCCAUGUCAAUUUGACGGUCUAAUGUUCAAAUACUACAACAAAAGAAUGUGGAACCAAAUACAACUUCUCUUGAUCAUUCGCCGAUAA